UCCAGUGGUACAGUGCCUCUGUGGGUCACGGCGGCCAGCUGGCUGGGAGCAGUCGAGCCAUCAUGCUGAGUUCGGUGCGAUGACGUCACGAGGCGCAAUGGACACCAUGCGUCCAGACGAGCGAGCCGCCGGAGUCAUAUCCGGGUCUGACCCCUACCGGGAGUUAGAGCUCUACCUCGAGAAAGUUAACGAGGAGAUUGGUGAGGUGUUCGACAAGUGGCAGAAUUUGAGGAAACCAUCCGCUUCCAUACCGAUCCCUGCCAACAAGAAGAGCGCGCCUCUGCCUCCUCCGCGGCGUCGCAAGAACCACGAUCUGCCAGACUGGUCGGAGGGUUUUCUGGCCGAGUUCAACGACCUCAUCGCACAAGAACUGAGCCAGUUGGAGGCGAGCCAUGCGGUGACAGCUGGAAACAUGCGCCUGAGGAUAACCAGGUCGCGCUCCUGGGAGAACAGUGAUACGGACAUAUCUGGGACGCCACCCCCUUCUCCGGUGGCGUCGGACUUGUCCUCCGGUUGCAGUCCCAGCCUUCACCACCGCGCCCUGAGGCUUACCAGAGUUCUCCGUCGGCAGCGGCCGCCCCUACUGCCGGGUCAGACUCCCCCCGGCGACGCGAUUCUCAUGAAGGUGUCCUCCUUGCCAGACGCCGACGUCAGGUACGUGACUGCGUCAGACAGCGAUCUGGUGACCCGCAGGAAGAAGGAUGGACCGCCUUCAGCGUUUCCUCGCUGUGACUCCACCGGCGCCUUGACUUGGCACGAACAAAUGGUCCGACAGAACAACAGCGUCUCACAGAUCGGCACAUUCCCUGCAGAAGACGUCGUGCAGACGCUGCUGACGACCAUCAAGCCCGAUGCCGACGCCGCCGUGGACGCCGGCACUCAGACCUCCCCCCCGCUGUCCCGCAGCUCGAGCUUCACCUGGGUCUCGACCUCGUCGCUGCUGCUCCACACAGAUGACGAAGACGACGACGAAACGUCCACUACUGCCUCCUCCUCGUCGUCAUGCUCACCGCGGCAGAGCAGCUCCCGGGACUCGCUCUCAGACUCCCCUAUGGGCUCCGUGGAACGCGACGAGCCGGAGUCUGGCAUCGGAACGUCUUCCCCACCUCGUUCCAACAAGUGCACAGCCCCCGGAGGCGGCUCCAACAAAGUACGGCGCAAAGAGACAUGGGAGCGGCUUAGGAGGCGGGGGUCCACAGGUCGACCAUCGUGUGGGAACUGUGAAGACGUGUGGGUUCGCCGUGAAAGUGUGGAGACACAGACUCGAGAGGACUGCAGUUCGCUUCCCCGUGCCGUCAGGCCCCGUCGUCUACCGAUCAAGCCCCAACACCUGACGUCCAGUCCCAGUCCAAGUGAGGACCGUGACUCACCGUCUAGCGCCUCCCUGACGCUGACCACCGCGCCCCUGUCGGCCGAGCUGGGUAACAAGUCAUCCUCAGCGCCUCUCCUGGUCAAGAAGACGGUGUCUCCCGGUGCAGGUGGUGGAAAGCCAGAGGACAACGCCAAAAAGAGGGUCCUGACGCAGCCACGUUCUCAGUCUGAGAGACAUCUAGCAGAAAUCGAGGCUGCAGAGGCAUGCAAGUGGUUGCGGGCCGCAGGUUUCCCACAGUAUGCCCAGAUGUACGAAGAUCUUCAGUUUCCAAUCGAUGUGAGCGGUGUGCAGAAGGAUCACCCUUUCCUGGACACUGACUCUUUCCAGUCUCUGUUUCGACGUCUCCACGCACUCAACAGGUGUGCAAAGAUGAAGGUGGACAAUAUGCCAAAGAACAGUGUUGAUGAUUCAGAUGAUGAUGAUCCCUGUGCUCUGAGCGAGAACUGGACAUUCCAGCCAGAAUCCAGGCGGUGGUCACGAGUGUGUGAAGUUACAGCCCAACAUGUAGAACGGCUUCAAGCAAUCUCUGCUGCAGCGAGCAAGGAGAAGGACCAGUCUGCACCUGAUGGCGCAGAGGAACAUCACGGUUUCCCAGGGGAGCGGUUGAUGGAUGAGGAAGAGGACUAUGAUCCUGAGGAGAUGCCUGUCAUAGCUAAUCUUCGCUAUGGCAGUUUACCACCUGGUCACCCUGCAGGUGAUCCAGAACUUUUGGCUGUGCGAUUUCGACGGACUGGCAGUGAGCGCCUUAGGGAUGGUGCCAAAGCCUUGCUGCGUCGCAUGGAAAGUCUCAAAUCUCGUAGAAGGAGGCAACAAAAUCGAGAAGGCGUUGUCAUUAGUGGGCCACAGGUGCUGGAUGUGACAACAAUGCAGCAGCGCAUGAAGGAUCUGAACUGUGUUGACGUCUCCCCUACUGGAACCAGCACCUCCUCACCAGAGCACCAACCAUCAUCUGGUCUUCCCUCCGCCACUCCAACACCUACACUGACACCAUCCCCAGCCUCAGGAACAUUGGGUCCAGCAUUUGGAGAUGAUAGUUCUAGUUACUGUUCAGAUGGAAGCCAGGGCGGUGGCAGUUCAACAGCACCGCCUCAUCAUCGUGGCCGCUCAAAACUAAACCGGGCGAAAAAACUACUCCAUCAUGGUCGCAGCAAAGCUGAAGACCAUGGUGCCUUGUCAGACUCUGAGUGCCAACCCACAAGUUGGAGAGAGCAGUACCUCAAAGAUGCAAACAGUAACCACACCAAGGUGCUGGAGUAUGUAGACAUUCGGGGUCAUGAUCAAGAUACAGUCCGAAGGCCAUCAGUCACCUGCAAGUCACAAGCAAGGGCAGGUAGUCUCAACCUUGGCAAGGAAAGUCAGUGGUAUCGAGAGAAGUUACAGGGUGAACUGCGCAGAGAUGUGACAGUGUAUCGUGACAGGUCAGGUUCAACAGAGUUAAUGGGAAGUCAGGACUCCAGCAGUACACUGGCAUCACAACCUGAGAGUGAGCAUGAUGAAGGGGGUUCAACCCCACGGCACAAAGCUGUGGUGGUGAGGUGGCACAGUUUUCAGCGGGGCUCAGCGCGUCCGGAUUCGUAUCUGUUCCGCACAGGUGAGAGAGGCAGGGGCACUGCGCAAGGCUCUCGGCCAAUGGCAUCACUCUCAUGUGGCCAGCUGCUGGUGUUACGCAAGUUAGCACUGCUCAAACUUACGGCCUUCAUGGAGCGGUACUGCCCGACGCACCGCACGGGCUGGAACUGGGAGCUGCCAAAGUUCAUCCGCAAGAUUAAGACUCCAGACUACAAAGACAAGACUGUGUUUGGGGUGCCAUUGCUCCUUUCCUUGCAAAGAAAUGGCCAAGCUCUACCAAAGUGUAUUCAAGCAGCAUUGCGCUGGUUGCGUGUCAACUCUCUGGAUCAAGUUGGCUUGUUCCGCAAGUCAGGCGUGCGGUCACGGAUCCAGAAACUAAAACUGAUGACAGAAAUGCAGGGAGAAACUAUCAGUUUUGAAGGCCAGCAAGCGUACGAUGUGGCUGAUAUGGUGAAGCAGUACUUCAGAGAGUUACCAGAGGCACUACUUACAAACAAACUCUCUGAAACCUUCAUUGCAAUCUUUCAACAUGUUCCAAACAAUCUCCGGGCAGAAGCUGUUCAGUGUGUGCUGCUCCUCCUCCCUGAUGAGCACCGUGAAGCACUGCAAACACUACUGGAGUUCCUGUGCCAGGUGUCAGCCCGGUCUGCAGCCAACCAGAUGACCGCAAGCAAUCUGGCUGUCUGCUUGGCCCCUUCUGUAUUCCAUUUGCAUCAUCCCCCAUCCUCUAGUAGUUCAAGUCGCUCAUCUUCCGCGUCCCCACGACGGCGGAAGACAGUUGGAGUUCCAGACCAGCGGGAACUUGGCGAGAAUCGUGCAGCUCAUGAUUGCCUCCUCUACCUUAUCAAGGAGCACAAAGAUCUCUUUAUGGUAUCAGAAGAGACACUAGCUCAGUGCCAUUUCAACUACAUGGAGGAAAGUAUUCCUGUUGCACUGGAGGAGCUUGGAGCUGAGUUCCAGCAGGACUGGCGUGGUUAUCUCUAUGCCUGCACCACAGCACUGCUGAAAGAGGCCCGAGAGAAGAGUCGUGGUUGGGUGAACAUGCCCUGCACAACCGAUCAGCAGGUGGAAAUGGCAUAUAAGAAGGUGGGUGAUGGACACCCUUUGAGGCUUUGGCGUGUGUCCACUGAAGUAGAGGCACCACCUCAGGAGCUAUUGCAGCGAGUGCUGAGGGAACGUCAUGUUUGGGAUUACUCACUUCUGAAGUGGCGUAUUGUAGCACGCCUUGACUCUCAAGUUGAAGUGUUCCAGUAUGUUUGUGCCAGCAUGGCACCCCUCCCCGCCAAGGACUUCUGUGUUCUUCGGUCCUGGAGAACUGACCUACCCAAAGGAGCAUGUGUCAUUGUGGAAACAUCGGUGGAACAUCCAGAUGGCCCAGUAAUGCUCAGUGGGGUGAGGGGAAUUGUGCUUGCGUCAAGAUACCUUAUUGAGCCCUGUGGAUCUGGUAAAUCUCGAAUCAUGCACCUCUCCAGAGUUGACACGAAGGGACGAACACCAGAGUGGUACAACAAGAGUUAUGGGCACAUCUGCGCGCUCUACCUCACUCGAAUUCGUGGCUCUUUCAAGCACAACACAGAGGGACCAGAGAGCAAAGUCUGAGUGUUGUCGUAUCUAUGGCAGGAUGGGAUAGUUAAUGACAUACUUGGCAUACCAGUUGUCUCAGAAUAUUUUAUCAUUCCGUUACAGUGGACUGACUGUAAACCAGUGCUGCACAGAAUGAGAAGAGAGGUUCCAUUUUGUGAAUGAUGUAUGUUUGCUAUAAUAAUUGUAUGACUAGUCAAAAAUUUUGUGAGGGUGAAUAUACAAACAAAAUAUGAACUCAGGAAUGGCAUUUAAGUAUGUGAUUUAGUGUGGAUGAAGCAAUGUGUACAGAAAUAUAUAUUGUUACAUAAACCAGACAUUUUAUAGGAGAAUACUGAUAUAAGAGCAAGAUCAAAAACAGAUUUUAUGAACAUCCAAGGUGCCUGACUCUUGAAUUGCAUAAUGUUUAUUCAGAUGUAAUGUGUUCGCAUCAAAGGUAGUUUCUUCUUGCACAGUCAUGACAUUUAACCCUCUCACUGUUAUGAAGCACACCAUAUGUCAGUCAACAGUGUGUUAGUCAUUACACACCUGUUGAAAGUCGUGCAGUGUCUCACCUCGACAAAUGCAUAUCAGUUUUCUUUAAUAUUUCAAAUGCAUUAAUUUCUUAUAUUUCUUCUUUUACUAUGGUAUUUCUUGAAAGAAAAAAAGACAUGUUAAAACACUCUGUACAGGGACAUCAUACAUUAAGGAUAUACCUCUUGAACAGACUAAUAAACAAACAUAGUGGUAGUAUCAGUUAACAGAAGAACUCAGAAGAUUCUUUUAAUUUCAUAGACACCCAAGUCUGAAAGUAUCCAUUUGAUAAGGGAAUUUGUUUCAUACUUUUUACAACUGAUCAGUGGCUUCGGGAAUUUUGUAUUUCAUGUCAAGCAGUUUGUAAGCGCAGUUAAUAUAACUUGAAAGAAAAAUGUCCAUAGGAGUUAAGUUUAGAGGGUGACUGUUCAAGGCUUCCACAGCCAUACCGUAUCCCAGUAAUUGUUUUAUCCUGCUGCAGGCACUUCAUCACAGUGUGUUUUUAAACUAAAUCACUUGCCAAUUAGAAAACCAAAAAAUUUAGUUUCUAUUUCGAUUGCUGCCAAAUACAGCUAUCAGAGGACAAUUAUUAUGUCCAAAAUAAAGUUUAUAUUUUAUAUAUUAUUUGAAAAGUAAAGUUGUCCUAGUGCUUAAUUAGUUAAGGACUACGCCAUUAAGACAUAUUGGGAAGUACUGGUAUAGCUUGGUUCUAGAUGGAGAUGAGUGGUCAGUGUCAUGCCCUGGCUGCUUUACUCCUGGGGAAAGAACCUCUGAAAUGCAUUGGAUAGGGGGCUGUGUGAAGAAGAUAAAAAUCUUGCACUUCCAGAAAUUGACCCCAGCCCAUUGAGCCCUUCUUUAUACUGACUGAGUUAUCCUGAUUCCAUAUAUAUUAUUUGUAAUACUCAGAAAUGGAUUUUGAAGUAAUAGGAUCUGAGGAUGUGGACUGGUUUCUCUGGUGCAUUAUAAGAUCAAAUGGUAGGCUCCUGUGAACAUGGUACCAAAUAUAUUUCGGUUCCAUGAAGGAUGGGGAAUUCCGUCGACGAGCUGAAUGAUGUUUAGUUUGCAAGAAGCACCAUGUAGUUAUAAUAAUUAGCUACAUAUCUGCUGGAACAGUUCCAUUUACAGUGUACGUCAUGUUGUUCAUCUGUUCAAGACAGUGGAAGGGUUAAACAUCAUGAAAAAAUGGUGACAUUUGUAUUACUCAAAUUACACUCUUUGUUAUAGUGUUUAACUGAACAAAAUACAAUGUCGUGUACCUUAAUGUUGAAAUACUGAAGUCUAGUACUAAAUCAGUGUUGGAUCUGUGGUCCAAAUUGCUCAUAAUAAUGUAUGUAGCACAGUUGGGAUGUGCGGUGAAGGUGUGACAUUACUCCAACUGUGUGGGCCAAAACUAUAUUUAUAUGGCCGUCUGCUUUCGUUCCAUGCUCAUUACAUUAGACAAUAUUGUAGCAUGGCCACAAGAAGUAAAUGUAACUUCUAUUAAAUCUGUUUAUAAUACAAAUUUGUCAUGUUGAUCCGUUUAUAGUGUUUGUACAAAUGUAAUCCCAGUAUAUCACUCUGAAAGUAAUUAUUAUUUUUUAAUAAUGCAGAUGUUAAUUGUAUAUCAUAAAUUGUACACAGAACACCAAAUGUUAUAUGAAACUUGCUUUAGACAUAUUUUAGUCUGUUGUUGAAAAUUUUAUGACGCUUGUACAAAUUUUGGGAACAUAUAUAGGAAUUUACACAGAAUGAAUUUCCCAGAAUGUACAGGUUUUGUAUUUCACGAUUAAUAUGAAUUGGCAAACUGUUGCUACAUUUUCCUUGCCAUUUUAUGUCUAAUUAAUAACUUGAUAGCAAAUACUGUAUGAAAAGGCAUAUACACUGUAAUCCAUUAUACAUACUAACCGGUCAGCAUUUUUUUGUAAAUGGUUGGAACAGAAUUGAAAAAUACUAAACCUCAUGUCAUAUGUUUGGAAGCCAAGUGAAUCUUUACAUAACUUAGAUGUUACGAGGUUGAGAACUGUUGAGGAUAAUGGUUUGUGUAUGCUGAUUUGCAUACCAGAAGCCAGUAUCUACAGAGUUCUAAAUUAAUGUAAAUUUGUUUCAGCAAGUUCUGUUAGCGUUUAUGCCUGUUGCCAAAAGAAUGUUUAGAUGAGUAUAUUUCAUAUAAAUUAAGCUUUCCCCCUGUGAAAUUCCUGAACUUGUUACAGUAUUUAAGAUAAUCUCUUAAAUAUGCAGAUAUAUAGGGCAGACAUUAUAUCAGAACCAAGGCAACAUACAUUUCUUUCUUUUUUGUUCAAAGGGAUUAUCAGGUAGAACCAAACAUUGACAUUAUAGUGUUCAUUGUUUAAUGGUCUGUGAGAUUAUGCACACCUAAUUGGUACAGUCAAAGUGAUAAUCUUGAAGCAUUUACAAUUCAAACAUGAGCUGACAUAACAUGUCAUCAUAAGUCUUAUACAAAUCAGAUGUUAUUAAAAUACCUUAAUUUACCUGUGUGCAACAUCACACUCAUAAAUAUGAAAUAAGCUAUUUUUGUACAUAUGUAAACAGCAUGUCUGUGAAAUAUAUAUAUACAUAUAUCAACAACAAAUAAAAUAUUCUGUUCAAUAAAAUGAUAA